CGUCACGCCGCGAGCUCCGGGAUCGGUGUUCGUCCGCGGAAGUAGUGCGCGAGCAGCGGCCAGCAGCAUCGCGCGCUCCGUUCAGUCAGAAGUGUGUGGAGCUCGAGUCCGCGACCCACGGGCUCAGGCAUGCGCGAACCCCCAGAGUAAAUGGCGUCUUUUAAAACGGAUUUAUUCCAGCGUCUGCUGUUUCUUGCAGUGUUUCUGUCAGUCUCAGGUGUGACGAGUUUUAGUGAGCUGUUUUUUAUAAAGGAGCCCCAUGAUGUGACGGUGAUGAGGAGGGAAGCUGUGAUUUUGGACUGUCAGGCCCACGGCGAGGCUCCCAUCGGCAUCCGGUGGCUGAAGAACGGAGCGGCGCUCACAGAGUCGGAGCGUGUUUACCUGCUCACCAACGGCUCUCUGUUCAUCUCAGAGGUGGAAAGCCGUAAGCAAAUCAGAUGA